AUGGAAGAACCACCACUACCUCCUUCUCCGCCCUACAAAACCUAUAAAGUCACAGCUUCUUCUAUCUCCUAUACAAAAACUGCCACCACAAUUCUAUCUACCUACGUCUUCAAACCAUGCAUUUCAACACCACCAAACUACAUCUUGAAAGACAUCUCCUUCACUGCAUAUCCAUCACAAAUCCUAGCCAUUGUUGGCCCAAGUGGUGCAGGAAAAUCCACCCUCCUCGACAUUUUAGCUGCCCGAACCUCGCCCACAAAUGGUACUCUGCUCCUCAAUUCUUCCCCUCUGAACUCGUCUUCAUUCCGUAAGCUAUCGGCUUAUGUCCCUCAACAUGAUUACUGCCUGCCUUUACUCACUGUUGCAGAAACUUUCGCGUUUUCUGCUCAUUUACUCAACCCGAAAAGUUCUGAUAUUUCCACCAUUGUUGCAUCUCUUCUUGAUGAACUCGGGCUAACACACUUAGCAGACACUCGACUCACUCAUGGGCUAUCGGGUGGCGAAAGACGUCGAGUUUCGAUUGGGCUCAGCCUCCUGCAUGAUCCAGCAGUGCUACUUCUUGAUGAGCCAACUUCCGGUCUUGAUAGUGGUUCGGCUUUGAACGUGAUGCAAACGCUCCGAUCAAUCACUGAUUCGCGCCACCGGACUGUAGUUUUGUCCAUUCAUCAACCGAGUUUCAAGAUUCUCUCCACCAUUGAUCAAAUUCUCUUGCUGGCAAAAGGGACAGUGGUGCAUCACGGUACCCUGUCUUCUCUUCAAGAAUUCUUACUCUCCUGUGGCUUCACAGUUCCUCCACAGCUCAAUGCACUCGAGUAUGCCAUGGAAAUACUAAAUCAGCUUCAGAGAAAUGAGCCCACCAUCACCCCCCAAUCCCUACCCCCAUUACCUGAAAAUCCCACCUCUGAAACCAAGACAAAAGACAAAAUCAGAUUAUCAUCAUAUCUUAUAGCAAAUACCCUCGUAUUCUUACCCUACUUGCUCGCAAUCGCAAUUGUUUACUCAGUUUCAGUCUAUUUCUUGGUGGGACUUUGCCCAACAAUUCAAGCAUUUACAUACUUUGUUUUGGUAAUCUGGGUCAUAAUCUUAAUGGCUAACUCAUUUGUUCUUUUCUUGAGCUCCAUUGCCCCGAAUUACAUCGCCGGAACUUCACUGGUAACGGCGCUUCUCGCCGGAUUCUUCCUCUUCUCGGGCUACUUCAUUUCAAAAGAAAGCUUACCCAAAUUCUGGCUGUUCAUGCAUUACUUUUCCAUGUACAAAUACGCUCUUGAUGCGUUCUUGAUCAAUGAGUAUUCUUGCCUGUUGACAAGGUGUUUGAUAUGGUUCGAUGAGAAGAACAGAACGUGCAUGGUGACUGGAAGUGAUGUGUUGGAAAAAAGGGGACUCCAUGAAAUGCAAAGAUGGAUUAACAUCUAUAUUCUGAUUGGAUUCUUCGUGCUCUAUCGGGUUCUAUGGUUGAUUGUUUUGAUCCGAAGGAUUUCCAGCUCGAAGAAGUGA